UCGAACAGCCGCUUUCUAGCGCUAGCCAAACUGUAAACACAUGCGCAGUCGUUCACGACGUGCUAUUCUCCGCCCACUCGCUUUCGAGGCAUGUUUGGUCCUCUAAAACUAGACAUGCUUCAUUAAAUUUGUGUUAAACAAUGGCCACUCCCGCUGUUCGUGUUUUCCGAAGGUUAGAGGGUUUGUUUUGCGUUUACAAACCUGCUGGUGUCCCAUGGAAGCUCGUGAGGGACAACAUCGAGACCAAGCUGCUUAAAGGUUUAGAUGCUUUGCCAUCGCCGCCGCUUCCUGAGCAGAUCCGGUUUUUGUCACCACCAGGCGGUGACACCCUUUCACCCAAGGGGCUGUCAGCAGCCUGUGUCCCGGUCCUGUCCAAACACCCUUUGGUAACUGGGCCUGAAUUCCAGCAUAUUCGAGUUGGUGUCGGGCAUCGUUUGGAUACAUUUUCCUCCGGUGUAAUGGUUCUCGCUGUUGGGAAUGGAAACAAGGCUCUGAAUGACCUCUACAACAACAAAGUCACAAGGGACUACACGUUGGAGGGCGAGUUUGGGACUGCUACAGAUGAUUUCUCCCACACGGGACGAGUUGUGGAACAAUCCACUUAUGAUCACAUCACGCAAGAUAAGAUGGAGAAAGUUCUGGCAAUGCUGCAGGGAGCAAAUCAAAAGGCUUUGUUAACGUAUGCCAACGUAGACAUGCGGUCACAGGAAGCCUACGAGAUGGCUGUGCAAGGUGCACUCGGUCCAGAGGGGAAGUCGCCGCCUAUUUUGACAGGUCUGAGGUGCAUUCGAUUCCAGCCUCCCAACUUCACUCUGGAGGUGCAGUGCCUGAACGAAACACAGAAAUAUCUGCGCAAAGUGGUGCACGAGAUCGGACUGGAGCUGCGCAGCACGGCCAUUUGCAAGGGAGUACGGCGCACCAGAGACGGCACCUUCACGCUGCAGGAUGCCCUCAUCCGCCACCAGUGGACGCCAGCUGAGGUCACGCGUGCUGUCCGAAAGUACCACGCCGCUAAGAAAAACAGACUAACAAUCAAACAACCACCUCAGUCCUCUGUGAGACCAGAAGCAACUGAGUUAAGAUAAGAUGGGAAGGACACCUGACAGUCCCGAGAUCAGAAUCUCGAGUGUUGUUGGUCGCAUUGUCAACAUUUUCUUGUGACAAAAGCUUCCUUGUGAUGAAGGCAUUGCAUUGUUGUCAUGCACUUCAUACCUGCAAGAGAACGGUGCUGGCUUGUCAGGCAGGAAGAAUGCCCACAAAGACAGAAAUGAACGAGAGAAACAAGAAGCUGUUUGUCGUCUGGAGCUUUAUUAAGCAGCGUUUCACAAUGCAAGUAAAACAAUUUACGCAG